AUGACUUCAGUACUUCAACGUAGACAAUUUGGACUUAUUGCUGGAAUUUUGCAAAUUAUUUUUAUAUGUGCUUUUGCGAAACUUGGAAGAUAUAUUGAUCCAAUUGAUGAUUCAAAACGUGUAUUUUCUGGAACCGAUUAUCCAUGUUUGUUUGAAAAAAUAAAUUCGUAUAAAAUUUGAAAAUUACAGUAUUCCAAGAUGUUCAUUUGAUGAUUUUUGUUGGCUUCGGAUUUCUAAUGGCAUUUCUCAAAAGAUAUGGAUUUUCAGCAAUUUCAGUCAAUCUUUUACUUUCCGCAUUUGUCAUUCAAUUUGCAAUUCUUUUAAGGGGUUGUUUAUCAGAUAAUUUCAAAAAUACUGGAACUUUUACAAUUGGAAUUCCCGAGUUAGUUGAAAUUUCAGAAUUUUUUAGACAAAAACGUUAUUUCAGAAUGAUAUCAGCUGAUAGUUCUUGUGCAGCUGUUUUAAUUACAAUGGGUGUAUUAUUAGGAAGAUUAACACCGGUUCAAUUCUUAUUAUUAGCCUUUUUCGAAACAGCAAUCAAUGUUUGUGUUGAAUUUGUUGUUGUGAAUGUUUUACACGUAAAUGAUAGUGGUCGAUCACUUACAGUUCAUACAUUUGGAGCAUAUUUCGGAUUAGCUGCUGCUUUGGUUGGACACAAGAAAAAUGUAAUGGAAAUGGAUGAACACGGUGGAAUUCAUCAUUCUGAUCUUUUUUCAAUGAUUGGAACACUUCUUUUAUGGGUAUUUUUUCCAUCUUUUAAUGCUGCAAUUCAAGAACCUGAAGAUGCGAGACAUCGUGCAAUUAUGAAUACUUAUUUAUCAAUGGCUUCAAGUACAGUAACCACAUUUAUUUUAAGUUCUUGGGUAGAUCAAUUGGGUCGAUUUAAUAUGAUUCAUAUUCAAAGUUCGACAUUAGCCGGUGGUGUUGCAAUUGGUUAGUUCUUUUCUCAAAAAUAAAUUUCUUACAACACAAUAUUGUUUCAGGAACUGCUGCAAAUGCUGUCCUUUAUCCAUCUCACGCUGUUUGUGUUGGUGUUAUUUCAGCAUUUCUGUCUGUAAUGGGACAUGCGUGGCUUAGUGUGUGUUAGAUUUUCGGUUUUUCACUAAUCUUUCUGAAAUUUACAGCCACGACUUGAACGAACUUUUCAUAUUUUCGAUACUUGUGGAGUUCACAAUCUUCAUGGAAUUCCGGGAAUUCUUUCAGGACUUUUAGCAAUUGGAUUCGCUUAUUUUUAUGAUCCACGAGAAUAUGGAAAAACGUGGGUUACUGUAGCUCACAAUUAAAUAAAAAAUUACCUAAUGAAAUUUCAGCCUAAACCAUAUUUAUCCAUAUUGGGAACCUUUGAACAAAACACAUUUGAUAUUGAAUUCACAAAAUGGAGCUUUGAUCGGAGAUCGAAAUCGAGUCUCACAAGCGAAAUUUCAAGCAAUUGGUUUGGGUUUCAGUCUAGGAUCUGCAAUUAUUGGAGGCCUAAUUACUGGUCUCAUUUUGAAAAUUCGUGUUUGGAAUCAAGUUGAUGAUCCAAAUAUUCCACAUGGAGAUGUCAAUUAUUAUGCACCAUCUGAUGUCAAUUUUUUGAGCAAAGUUAGUUUUCAAGUUUCACAGAAUAAUCUUUUAUUUUUUUGUAAAAUUUCAGUACAAACAUGCGCAAGAACAACAACAAUUGAGAGAAAGAGAACAAAUGCAUGAAAUUUACUGA